CCGUUGUGACUCUUCAUCUCUUCCGGUGUGUCUGAACCUCAGCGCUGCGGCAGGAGUCCGUAACCGGAAUCAGUAUGUUAAUUAUCAGCAACAGGAUUAAAUUAUGCUCGCUCGCGUUCACCGCCGCGCGCAUGUACGCCACCGGAGCUCAAGCCAACAACAACCCGGUGGUGUUCUUCGACAUCGCGGCGGAUAACGAGCCGCUCGGUCGAGUCACCUUCGAACUGAACGCGGAUGUUGUGCCCAAAACAGCAGAGAAUUUCAGAGCUCUGUGCACAGGAGAACAUGGCUUCGGAUACAAGGGCUCCAUCUUCCACAGGGUGAUCCCACAGUUCAUGUGUCAGGGAGGAGAUUUUACCAACCACAACGGAACCGGAGGAAAAUCCAUCUACGGUCCGAGAUUUGCAGAUGAGAACUUCAGACUGAAACACACCGGACCAGGUAUUCUGUCCAUGGCGAACGCUGGUCCGAACACGAACGGCUCCCAGUUCUUCAUCUGCACAGUCAAAACAGAGUGGCUGGACGGGAGACACGUGGUGUUCGGCAGCGUUAAAGACGGGAUCGAUGUGGUGAGGAAGGUGGAGGCGCUGGGAUCUCGCUCGGGAAGAACCGCCAAGAGAAUUAGCAUCAGCGACUGUGGAGAACUCAAGUAGAUUCACGAGUCACUGAGUCACUUCACCGAGUCGCUUUCUACUGAUUCAUCGACUACUAAAUGUUCAGAAGGGCCAAAAGCUCCAUAAUGUGAAAUCUAGACGUGUGUUUACUCGCUCUCCUGUUGAUCCAAAGCUGUGUGAUGUUUAAUUCUUAUCUAGAACACAAAAGGAGAAUCCUCGAUCAUAAAAUGACUCUUUAUACUGACUGAAAAGCACAAUUUCACAAUAAACUGACGUUGCACAGAAAAAGAGCUGUGGAAAGAUUCUCCAUUUGAAUUCUAGGGAAAAACAACAACAACAACAUCAUACGGUUUUAAGUCAGUUUUAAUGACAUUAGGGUGAGUAAAUGAUGUCAUAACUCUCAUUUUUGGGUUCUUUAUCCCUUUAAAGCAACAUCCACUGUGAAAAAGUCAUUUCAAACGUCAUUCUCAGGUAAUAUUGGUAAUGAAUAACUGUGUUUAAUCUGGACUGAGAACUCAGAAUCAUGGCCAGUGCUGCAGUGUUUAUCUGAGUUUGGGGUAAUAAAGCCGAGAGCAAUAAGAAA